AUGCCCAUCUUUGAAUAUUCUCCUCUGGAUCAAGGGCCUUUCAGCACCCGCAUACUCCGUCUGCUUCCAAGCAAAGACAGAGCCGCUCCGAUUGAAUGUCAGCUUUCCAACCUUUCCCUUCGGGACGAUAUUGCCCAAGAGUACGAUGCCCUCUCAUACGUGUGGGGAGAUGAGGCGGACGGACAGUGUAACAUCUCAAUCAACAAUCAGGCUCUCUCUGUAGGAAAGAAUUUACACUCCGCACUCCUUAGGCUUCGAGGCCAUAGAGUUGAACGGACAUUAUGGGUCGACGCAAUUUGCAUCGACCAGAACAAUGUGGGAGAAAAAGAGAAGCAGAUCCAAAACAUGGCGCGCAUAUAUGAGCAGGCCAGCCAGGUGAUAGUGUGGUUGGGUGAGGAGGCGGAUGAUAGUACUCAGGCGUUAGAAGCCAUUCGUGUCGCGGCAGAGUCAGUGUAUUCUGGAGAGGAUUCCAAUCCGCCAUCAGGAAGCGUCCCCAUUGAGGGUAUUAAAAGUCUGUUCCUGCGGGGGUGGUUUUAUCGCAUGUGGAUUCUGUGUGGUCCUGUCAGAAUGAGCGGUUACACAUUUGCCACGGGUAUCGAAGCAUAUCGCUCGUAUGCUGGCCCUAGUGUGAUGAGCACGACACAUCUGAUUCGUGAAGCAAUCUUUCGUCCACAGUAUGGUACGCACCCAAUGAAGAAGCUCACCCUAUCUGAAUUGAUUGAUAUGCAUCAUACAAACGAGGCCUCUAUUCUGCAUGAUAAAAUCUAUGCUCUACUGGGACUGAGCUCUGAUUCUCAUGAAGCACCUGGACUGUUACCCAACUAUGAGCUGUCCUGGGAGCAGCUUUUUCAACGAUUAAUAUGGUUCCUUCUAAAUAAACAGAUAUCAGUGAAGACCUGGCCUGGUACGGAAUUUGCGAGCAUACAGAGUAGUGGAAGGAUCUUGGGUUUCGUUGUCACCACGGAAGACAAGCACACGAAGACCAUAUUGCAAGUGCUUUUGACUGGUGUUGGGCUGCGUGAUGAGGGCUACAAGAGAUUGUGGAAAGUAAAAUGGACCAUCAGGAAAUCAGUGGGGUUGAUCAAGUCCGGUGAUAUCAUAUGCCUCCUGAAGGGGGUUUCCUAUCCAUCCGUCAUCAGAUACGCUGAUGGUUGUUUUCGAGUGAUCGUGCUAAGGGCCGUUCUCCAGAAGAUGAACGGGGAAGACAGUGCAGAUUUCCAACAAGUACUGUCCGAGAACAAUCGACCGGCUCUGAACUUUCACCUUGUCUGGAGCUGGAGAGAGCAAUUGUCACCUUCCUUAGGUGUACUCAACUUGGCAGCAGAGGCUCUUGGAACGAAGUCGACAAUAGAGAAGGUUCUAUGGGACACCAAUGUUGCAAUGCACGAGACAGCAUACAACAGAAAAGGGAUGUACUGGCCAGCCAUGUUAGCUACCGAAGACAUCUUUCGGUUAUUUACAGAGCGACUCGGAUCUUGGCAUCCAAAGACACGGAUGACCUUGUACAGCGUGGCGCUCUUGUAUUCCAAGGCGAAUAUUGGCGACAAGGCAAUCCCACUACUCUUCGAUCGAACUAAGGCAAGAGAUAUAUUGCGGCGGAUGUGUGGACUACAAUAUGGAGAGAAUUUAUCGUCGUUGACCCCCUUUAAGGCUCCAGCCGUUAUUUUGAGGCUUAACACAAGAGCUAUUUUGGCCUGGAGUACCCUCAAUGCUCAGGCGCCGCUUCCGAAAGCUCGGUAUCAAUGGUGUGAUGUCGCACCAUCGAUGCCUGAAGUACUACGGGCUAUGAAUAUUCCUCGGGCACCAGAGCUUCUCAUUGUUAUAUACGGUUUUACUAAUUUACUGGUCCAUCAAGUGCAAGCUCAAACUAAAAAACCCACCGAUAUAUAUCCAGCAUAUUGA